AUGGCGGCGGAGGGGGAGGACAAGAAGGAUGCUAAUUCCGUUGGAGGCGGCGGCGGCGAGAACACCCUGGAGUCGGCGGAGGAGGCGAUUCUGCAGGCGGUAGGGCAAGAGCCCGGUCAAGAAUUGGAGGGCGAGGCGGAGGAGAGCGCAGAUCGAGAGGGGAACGGCGACGACGCUGGGAAGGAAGAUAGUGGGUGUAAAGAUCUGGUCCUGGUAGAGGACCCUGUCCUGGUCGAGGAUCCAGAGGAAGCGGUAGCAACUGCAGCAUUUCAGGAAGAAAUGAGAGCGCUUUUGGCGUCUGUCCCUGAAGGUGCCGGGGCAUCAUUUACUGCGAUGCAGCUGCAGGAGCUAGAGCAGCAGUCUCGGGUAUACCAGUAUAUGGCUGCCCGUGUGCCUGUGCCUACCCAUCUCGUCUUCCCCAUCUGGAAGAGUGUUACCGGUGCAUCCUCUGAAGGCGCGCAGAAUUACCCUACAUUGAUGGGAUUGGCAACACUCUGCUUGGACUUUGGGAAGAGCCCAGAACCAGAACCAGGAAGGUGCCGGCGAACAGAUGGAAAAAAGUGGCGGUGCUGGAGAAAAACAAUCCCAAACGAGAAAUAUUGUGAACGCCAUAUGCACCGUGGUCGCAAGCGUCCUGUACAGGUUAUUGUUGAGGAUGACGAGCCUGAUUCCGCAUCAGGGUCAAAAUCAUCAUCUGGCAAAGUCACUGAAGGAGGCAAGAAGACUGACGACAAGAGUUCAAGUAGCAAGAAGCUUGCAGUGGCAGCACCAGCUGCUGUGGAGUUUACAUGA